AUGGAAACCAAAUCAAAAGGCACAGAGGUGGAAGAGUCAUCGUCAGACUCAGUUGCACUCGGUCAAUAUGGAGACCACGCGCAGCAACAGAAGUUGACUCGGAGAGUACUGUUGAAGCUGGACAUACGCCUUCUUCCUACACUAGCUAUGCUUUUCUUGCUCAGCUUUCUAGAUCGCACGGCUGUUGGAAAUCUGAAAAUUCUGGGCUUGGAGAAGGACCUUUCAAUGACAGACCAUCAGUACGAUAUUGGCUUGGCUGUGUUCUAUCUCACUUAUAUUUGCAGCGAGCUUCCGAGUAAUCUGGUACUCAAGAAAGCCUCGCCGAAGAUUUGGCUGCCGUUUUUGACUGCUAUUUGGGGCAUUAUUACCAUGUGCCUUGGGUUUGUACAGAACUUUGCUGGUUUCACUGCCGUACGAGCCUUGUUGGGUAUUGCAGAGGGAGGUCUUCUCCCUGGAAUGGUUUUGUACCUGUCUGCCUUCUAUCGACGAGGCGACUUGGCUUUGCGAAUUGGCUUGUUCUACACAGCUGCUUCUCUCUCCGGUGCAUUCGGAGGUCUGCUCGCUCGUGGAUUAGCCGAAAUCGGACCCCGAGGAGGCCUAGUGGGUUGGCGGUGGAUCUUGAUUAUUGAGGGGCUAAUGACAUUUGUUGGUGGUGUUCUGAGCUACUUCAUCCUGCCAAAUAGUUUGGAGACUGCGUCCUUUUUGACUGAAGAGGAAAAGAAAUUCGGACGGGACAGACUUCGACUUGACAAUCCUCCAUCGUUGGACGGGAGCUUGGCAUCUGAAGCAGAAUCAUUCAAGUGGUCUGAAGUACGCCGAGGUGUGCUGAAUGUACAAGUCUGGCUCUCUGCCUCGGCGUACUUUGGCAUUCUCUCCGGGCUUUACUCCUUUGGCUUGUUUCUGCCAACAAUUAUCAAAGAGCUCGGAUUCGCCAAAGAUGCCAAUGCAGUUCAGCUUUGGUCUGUGAUACCUUAUGCUGUUGCAUCUGUGUUUACAGUCAUUGUUGCCAUUAUCUCGGAUCACUAUCGUCUUCGAGGUGUGAUCAUGCUCUUCACUCUCCCAGUCGCUAUCGUUGGAUAUGCAGUAAUUGCCAACAUUGACUCUCCUCACAUACAAUAUGGCAUGACCUUCCUUAUGGCUACUGGUCAAUACGCUAGUGUUCCGUGUAUCCUUGUGUGGUUGUCGAACAACUCUGCGGGACAUUAUAAGAGAGCUACGACCUCGGCGGUGCAGCUGGCUAUUGCAAAUGCUGGAGGAUUUGUUGCGACCUUCAACUACCCAGCUCGUGAUGGGCCGCUUUUCCAUCGCGGACACACUAUCAUUCUUGGAUUGCUAGUUUUUGCAUGGUUUAUGAUUUUGUUUAACGUGCUCUAUUGUGCGAAGAUCAACCGAGACAAGAAGAAUGGAAAGUAUGAUAAGUACACAGGAUAUAACGACGACCGGAACCCGGACUUUAUGAUGGUUCUAUGA